AUGCCAAGUUCAUUGGGACUUAGUUCAGUAUUCAUCAUGUGGGACGAGGAGACAGUGCUACACGAGAUCUAUUACCUAACCUCCGAAGGCUUUGAUAAUUGGCGUAAAUUACUUGCCCUGGGCGAGAGAAUCGAACAGCAUCUAAAGCGGAAAUUACUUUGGAUCUGGCCCACUGAUGGGGAUUUACUAAAGUGUCAUAAGGUGCUCGAGAGCUUUAGGAUAAGCCAUAUCCUUAGCAUUGGAUGUGGAAGUGGACUACUCGAGUGGCUUCUAACGGCCUCAGCUUCGCCCCAAAGAAGAUCCCAAAUAACUCUUCAUGGCCUGGAAGUGGAUCGCAAUUGGUGGCAAAGUAAAUAUUCAGUGCAGAGUUUCAUACCCCUGACAUAUGUGGAGGAUAAUCGUCUGAUGAUGAUUGAUGACCAUUGUGAUGCUUUGCUCUUUUGCUAUUUCAACAAUCGUCCUGCAUUUCUCGACUACUUGAAAUUGUAUCAGGGAAAUUGGCUGAUACUGAUAGGACCCAAGCCGGGCCGUGGCAUUCAUACAGAUCCGAAUCCUCUGCAGCCUCAGUUGCCCAAUCAUGAAUGGAGAUUAAGGGAACAACUAAACUGGACAGAGGCCAAUAUCGUAGCUUUCUAUGAAAGAUCGUCAGUAGUAGAAGUUGGGAUUAAUUGAAAGUCCGUUAUUUGUAAUAAAAUUAGUUUCUAUUGACUUCUA